AUGGCGGACUCCGGUUUCGUGGAGCUCAAACUGGAUUACACGGCGGCGGCGGAGCGCUGCGCCGCCGGCGACGUCGUCCACUCCGGCGUCCUCCACGCCGGCGGCCACGCCUGGAGGGUAGGCUGCUAUCCGCGCGAGUCCAAGGUAGACGACAAGGGUGAGUACAUCUCGCUCUACUUCGAGCGAUUCGGCGAAUCUUCGAACAACCUCGAGGCCAUCUUCGACGCCUUCUUGAUGGGAGGAGACGGCCAGCCAUGUUCCUUCCAUGCAACGGGGUGUGUGCAGAAACCUCCUGAGGACUGGGGAUGGCAAAGAUUCGUGAACCGGAGGGACCUUGAGUCGUCGUCGUUCAUGGUGGAUGGCAAGGUCAGAAUCAUGUGUGUGGUGAUCGUUCUACGUGACAACGCCGUGCCCGUGCCGCCGUCCGACAUUGGGGCCCAUCUCGGUGGCCUGCUGGACCGCGGGGACGGGACGGACGUCUCCUUCCUCGUCGCCGGCGAGACGUUCCCGGCCCACCGUGCCGUGCUCGCCGCCCGUUCGCCGGUGUUCCGAGCGGAGCUCCUUGGCUCCAUGGCGGAGGACAAGAUGGCGUGCAUCCCCCUGCAAGACAUAGAGCCUGAGGCGUUCAGAGCCAUGCUUCGGUUCAUCUACACCGACGAGCUGCCCGUCGACGGCGCCGUCGAGCUGAUCAAUGGUGGCUCUUCCUCUUCGUCCGCCGCCGCAGCCGCCACGACGAAGAAUAUGACGACCGAGCUGCUCCAGAAUCUGCUCGCGGCCGCAGACAGAUACGAUCUGAAUAGGCUGAAGCUCAUGUGCGCCCAGAGACUGUGGGACGCCGUGUCGGCGGAUACCGUCGCGGCGACGCUGGCCUGCGCGGAGGCGCACGGCUGCCCGGAGCUGAGGAAGAUGUGCCUCGAGUUCUUCGCGGUGGACAAGAACUUCAAGAAGGCCGUGCUGACGGAGGGAUACUGCCGCCUAAUGCAGCGCUUCCCUUCGGUCAUCGAUGAAAUAGGAGCUCUGAUUGAGAGCCGAGACAAUGCAGAUCAACGGUAGUCGAUGCAUGCCAUUCUCCUCUAGAUAAUAUACUCAGCUCCAGC